AUGUCGGAGGAACUGGCCCAGCACCCCAAGGAGAGCCUGCCAGGGCCACGGGCCAGCCCCCGUGAGGUGUGGAAAAAGGGCGGCCGCCUGCUGUCGGUGCUGUUGGCUGUCAACGUUCUGCUGCUCGCCUCCACGCUCAUCAGCGGUGGUGCCUUCAACAAGGUGGCCGUGUAUGACACCGACGUGUUCGCGCUGCUCACCACCAUGAUGCUGCUGGCCGCGCUGUGGAUAGUCUUCUACCUCCUCCGCACUGCGCGCUGUCCGGAUGCGGUACCCUACCGGGAUGCACACGCCGGCCCCAUCUGGCUCCGAGGUGGGCUCGUGCUGUUUGGGAUUUGCACACUCGUCAUGGAUGUCUUCAAGACUGGUUACUACUCCAGUUUCUUGGAGUGCCAGUCGGCCAUCAAGAUCCUGCACCCCAUCAUCCAAGCUGUGUUUGUCAUUGUCCAGACUUACUUCCUCUGGGUCUCUGCUAAAGACUGCAUCCACACCCACCUGGACCUGACCCGGUGUGGGCUCAUGUUCACCCUCACCACCAACCUAGCCAUCUGGAUGGCAGCCGUCGUGGAUGAGUCUGUGCACCAGGCCCACUCCUACAGCGGCUCUUACGGCAACAGCAGCCACUCCCGCCUCACCCCUGACCCAGAACGUGCAGGCAGCACAGCCGGAGGAGACCCGUGCCCCUGCAGCACGGCCAUCUGCCAGAUCUUUCAGCAAGGCUACUUCUACCUGUACCCCUUCAACAUCGAGUACAGCCUCUUUGCUUCCACCAUGCUGUACGUCAUGUGGAAGAACGUGGGAAGGCUGAUUGGCUCCACCCACGGCCACGGCCACACGCCGUCCAGGGUCAGCCUCUUCCGGGAGACCUUUUUUGCGGGUCCAAUCUUGGGCCUGCUACUCUUCAUUGUGGGCCUGGCCGUCUUCAUCCUCUAUGAGGUCCAGGUGAGCGGCGAGAGAGACAAUACCCAGCAGGCCCUGGUCACUUACUACAGCUUCAAUAUCGCCUGUCUGGGGCUCAUGACUUUGGUCAGCCUGAGUGGCUCAGUCAUCUAUCGCUUUGAUCGCCGGGCCAUGGACCACCAUAAGAACCCGACACGCACCCUGGAUGUAGCCCUGCUAAUGGGCGCCGCGAUGGGCCAGUAUGCCAUCUCGUACUAUUCUAUCGUGGCUGUGGUAGUGGGCUCACCCCGGGACCUGCUGGGGGCGCUCAAUCUGUCACACGCUCUGCUUAUGAUUGCUCAGCACACCUUUCAGAAUGUGUUCAUCAUUGAGAGCCUCCAUCGGGGACCGCCUGGGGCCGAGCCUUGCGAAAUGCCCCCCAAGGAGUCCUGCCAAGGCAUCACCUUUGCCAACCUGGAUGCCAUUCACACCUUGCCCUCCUGCCCGCCCACGCCCAGGCUGGUCAGCCCCAACCCAGAAAGUCCUCAGGAAGCGAUGGCUAUCAUCUCAGCUCCCAGGUGCCACUGGCGACGGCGGUGCCUCAAAGACAUCUCUCUGUUUCUCCUGCUCUGCAAUGUCAUUCUGUGGAUCAUGCCUGCCUUUGGUGCCCGCCCGCACUUCAGCAAUACCGUGGAGGUGGACUUUUACGGUUACUCCCUCUGGGCCGCCAUCGUCAACAUCUGCCUGCCUUUUGGCAUCUUCUACCGAAUGCAUGCUGUCUCCAGCCUGCUGGAGGUCUACGUGCUGUCCUGA